AUGAUAUGCUUAGUUAUAGGAUGCUUGAUCAUUCUCUAUGUAAUAUAUUUAUUAUACCAAUACUUUUAUCCAACACCCAACAUCGAUCCAAAAGGCAAAUAUGUUCUCAUCUCUGGAUGUGAUACUGGUUUCGGUAAUCGAUUAGCUAUUGAACUUGAUAAACACGGUUUCAACGUGCUUGCUGGUGUUUAUUCUCCAGACAGUGUCACUUCACUCAAGGAUAAACUCUCAUCCAGAGCAACUGUAUUUCGUCUUGAUAUUACUAAACAAGAGGAUAUCGAUGCAGCACUAGAAUUGGUGCAAAGUAAAACAAAAGUUUUACACGCAUUGGUCAAUAAUGCAGGUAUCGGUAGUGGUGGAUACAUCGACUGGAUUUCAAUGGAGACUGUGCGUCGAAUAAUGGAUGUAAACCAUUUUGGACACGUGGCCAUGACGAAAGCGUUCUUACCCUUAUUGAUUGUCAAACGUGAUUCACGUGUUAUGAAUAUCUGUUCAGUAAUGGGUUUUACUAGUCCGCCAGGCAUGGCAGCAUACUGUGCAUCGAAACAUGCAUUCGAAGCAUUUUCGGAUUGUCUUCGUCGAGAGAUGAUACCAUGGAAUCUACGUGUUAGUAUUAUUGAACCUGGUUGGCUGAGAACACCGAUUAUCGAAGGACAUGAUCGUUUACUACAAGAUUUAUGGAAUAAAUUAGAACCGAAGAAACGUGAAAAUUGGGGAGAAGAGUUUUUCAAUGAUUUAGUUGAUAAAUCAGUGCGACAGAAUUUAUGUAUAAAGAAUGCUGAAGAUCCAAUGAAAGUAGUACGUGCACUUGAACAUGCGGUUAUGAAUAGUAAACCGUACAUUCGAUAUCGACCGGACUUGCAGGGCAAAUUUUUGUUUCAACCCUUAUCAAUGUUUCCAAGUUGGUUAGUGGAUUUCCUAAUGAUAAAGAUGCUUUCUACACCCAUUCAACCGGCUGGUGUUCAUAAUCAAUUGAAAGGCUAA